GGACCUUUUGUCCUCUCCCUUUGUAACCAUUGCAGCUCCCCUGAAGCUGGCUUCUCAGCAUUCUAGGGGAAUCGUUUCUUAUUUCACUACUUUUUUUGUUUGUUUGUUUAAAGACAGAGUCUCGCUCUGUUGCCCAGGCUGGAGUGCAGUUGUGCAAUCCCAGUGAACUGCAACCUCUGCCUUCCGGGUUCAAGUGAUCCUCCUACCUUAGCCUCCUGAGUAGCUGGGACUACAGGCUAUUCAGUCCCAGUAGUCCCACUACUCAGUGCACCACCAUGCCUGGCUAAUUUUUAUAUUUUUAGUAGAGACAGGGUUUCACCAUGUUGACCAGGCUAGUCUCAAACUUCUCACCUCAGGUGAUCCACCCACCUUGGCCUCCCAAAGUGCUGGGAUUACAGGCAUGAGCCACCACACCUGGCCUUCACUACUGUUUAUUUCCAUAGAUUCAUAGAACUGAAAGAGAUGCAGCAGCAUCAGCGGCACUAGCUACUGGGUGCAGGACUCCAGCUGGGCCUGUGCCCCUCCUCGGAGAGCACUGACAGGUGUUCACCCAUCACCAACACUCCUCUUUGUGUUCUCUAUCUCUCACCCUCUCCCAGGUUGUCCACUCUCUAGCCUGACUAAGAGGCACUUGAUAAGGGUCACUGCUGUGAAGUGUGUCUGAGAGCUGAUGCUGCAGGCAGUCAUCGGGCCCUCGGUGGCCUUUCCUUGCUGCGGGAGCUGGGGGUGCAGGUGAUGGGACAGCUGUGAAACCCCCAGCUGCUAUUCCUGUGGAAGGGCUAAUAAAGAAAGACACUUAUUUCUGCCUGUGCCAUAGCUGCUGGUGGGAUGCAUUUGCAUUUUCCUCGAUGUACCUAAUCUCACAGCUCUGGUGCUCUCCAGCUUCCCAGCACCUUUGCUCAUCACCCUCUCUGCCAUCCCCCACAGUAGUACCUCCUCUUCCCCUCCAGAGUUACAGAGACUUUAAUCAUGCCUUCUCACAGCACAUGGAGUCAGAGAGCCCUGAACGUCUUGGGAAGCAUCAGCGGAAUGCAUAAAUUCUUUUUACUGAGAACCUCCUGUGUUCUAGAUAGAAUACUCAGUCUGCUCUAAAUACCUGGCUUCAUUUCCUUCUUACCACAGCUCUAUGAAGCAGGUUUCUUUUUUUUCUCAAAGAAAGUGAAGUUCUGAAAGGCUGUAGAGCUGGCAGGGGUGACACUGGCUGCCUUCUCCCAGCUCUCCUGUAGCCAGUGGUGAUGGGGUGGUUAGAGAAGUAUCUUUCCGAGUUGGCCCUGAUUGGAAGGUGUGGGGUUUGGGGGGACACUGCCCUCUCUCGGCUCUCCCCUGGCCAGCGGUGACUGGGUGGUGAUAAAAGCAUCUUUCCAAGUUGGCCCUGAUUGGAAAGUGUGCCAUGUGUCUCCUGGGAAGGGCAGCCUGGUCUGUGAUGCUGCUGAUGGAGAAAAUGAAUUUUUAUGACAUUAAGAAAGAAUCAGAUUUCCUCAGUAAAAUCCGGGAUAAUAUCUGAUUCCUUCAGAUAUUAUCAUUCCUCCUUAGGAAAAGGUCGCAGGCGCUUGCACAUAAUGAGUCAUAUUACAGUAAAAAAUCAACAUAAGUAGUUGGCUUCGAGUUUUGUUCAUAAUUCCUCUCUCCCUUCUUGACUCCUCCCCACCUCUAAAUGCGUACUGGUCCCCAAAAUCUACAGGAAGAAGAAGACACAAAAUCUCCUUCGAAUUUGGGUCACACCCUUUCAUUAGUCUGUGAUCACUGCGGGGCCGGUGUUUUGAUUUCAUUUGUGAGUGUGGAGGGAACCUAUAGUACAUCAGGGACUUUGAGAAGUAUCACUCUCUGGGCAGACUUCUUUUCCCUGCUCUGUAGUUUUUCUUAAAUUGCCUGUGCCUUACAAAUUCUCAUUUCAUUUUAGUCUAUUCUUCCAGGAGGCCUUGAAAUAGGGGUAAAUGAAAGAGAGACAUUAAUUACUUUGACCUUGACUUUUAGUGACUAAACGGGUGCUCACCCUCACAUGAAACUCUAAAAAAUAUACUUUCUGUUUUAGGUGGCACAAUCUCAGCUCACUGCAACGUCUGCCUCCUGGGCUUAAAUGAUCCUCCUGCCUCAGCCUCCCGAGUAGCUGGGAUCACAGGCAGCCACCAGCUAAUUUUUGUAUUUUUAGUAGAGAUGGGGUUUCACCAUGUUGGCUAGGCUGAUCUUGAACAACUGAUCUGAAGUGAUCUGCCCACCUUGGCCUCCCAAAGUGCUGGGAUUACAGGUGUGAGCCACCACGCCUGGCUAAUUUGUAUUUUUAGUAGUGACGGGUUUUACCAUGUUGGCCAGGCUGGUCUCAAAUUCCUCUCCUGAAGCAAUCUGCACUAGGAUUAUAGGUGUGAGCCACCAUGCCUGGCCCAAAUUGUUGCUUUGGACAGGAAGGAAAGAAAUGUAGAUAUGUGAAAUGCUGACAAAGAUAUAAUUCAUUCAUAUGUCUCGGGACACAGACAGAAGGGCUGUUUGACCUCAGUUGGUUUGGCCAAGGAGAUUUGCAUUUCUGAAAUAUAAAAACUGUUUCUACAGCUUGCCUUCGAUUUAGUGGAUUAGGCUUCAACUCUUCUGCCCAUCCUAAACUCCUCUGCUACUUGGGAGGUUAAUAAGUUGACUAAAAAACACCCAUGGGAAGAGGAUGAAAAGGAGAGAUUUAGGAUGACAACUGAAUCUCAGUAGCAGAUGGGAGGGAAAUCAUCUUUAGCAGGCAAAGGGAAAACGAAUUUUAUUUUGGAAUUUCUAUUAUGUGAGGAGGGUAGUACAAAGUUGUUUGUAUGCUUUUUUUUUUUUUUUGAGACGGAGUUUCACUCUUGUUACCCAGGCUGGAGUGCAAUGGCGCGAUCUCGGCUCACCGCUACCUCCGCCUCCUGGGUUCAGGCAAUUCUCCUGCCUCAGCCUCCCAAGUAGCUGGGAUUACAGGCACACGCCACCAUGCCCAGUGGGAAGUUGGUGUCUCCAAAGUGGAAGAAUUUCAAGGGCCUGAAGCUCCAGUGGAGAGACAAGAUCCGGCUCAAUAAUGCCAUCUGGCGGGCCUGGUACAUGCAGUAUCUGGAGAAGCGCAAGAAUCCUGUGUGCCACUUUGUGACGCCCCUGGAUGGCUCUGUGGAUGUAGACGAGCACCGCCGGCCAGAGGCCAUCACCACAGAAGGGAAGUACUGGAAGAGCCGCAUCGAGAUUGUGAUCCGGGAGUAUCACAAGUGGAGAACCUACUUCAAGAAAAGGCUACAGCAGCACAAGGAUGAGGACCUCUCCAGCUUGGCCCAGGACUAUGACAUGCUGUACUGGCACAAGCACAGGGAUGGAUGGAAGACCCCUGUCCCCAUGGAGGAGGACCCCCUGCUGGACACAGACAUGCUCAUGUCAGAAUUCAGCGACACCCUCUUCUCCACGCUGUCUUCACACCAGCCAGUGGCCUGGCCCAAUCCCCGGGAAAUAGCACAUCUGGGAAAUGCAGACAUGAUCCAGCCAGGGCUGAUGCCUCUGCAGCCUAACCUGGACUUCAUGGACACCUUCGAGCCUUUCCAGGACCUCUUCUCUUCUAGCCGUUCCAUUUUUGGCUCCAUGCUACCUGCAUCUGCCUCAGCACCUGUACCAGAUCCCAACAACCCACCUGCACAGGAGAGCAUCCUGCCGACCACCACCCUCCCCACUGUGAGCCUUCCUGACAGCCUCAUUGAGCCCCAUGCUGCCCCAUCCCUGGAUCCUGUGGAUGGGCAGGGCUGUGAGCGCGCUUCCCGGACUGAGGACCCGUUUAUCCAGCCCACAGACUUCGGUCCCUCAGAGCCGCCUCUGAGUGUCCCGCAGCCCUUCCUGCCCGUCUUCACCAUGCCCCUGUUGUCCCCCAGCCCCGCCCCGCCACCUGUGUCCCCCAUGUUACCGAUAGUUCCUCCUCCAGCCACGGCCCUGAACCCUCCAGCUCCACCUGCCUUCCAGCAGCCACAGAAGUUUGUUGGAGUCAGCAAACCGCCGUCUGUCAUCACCCACACAGCCUCCGCCACCCUCACCCAUGAUGCCUCCGCCACCACCUUCAGCCAGAGUCAGGGCCUCAUCAUCACCACCCAUCACCCUGCCUCAUCAGUGAACCCCUGUGGCCUGACACUGUCUCCUGUCACCCGGCCUCCCCAGCCUCGGUUAACUUUUGUGCACCCCAAACCUGUAUCCUUGACGGGGGGAAGGCCUAAGCAGCCUCACAAAAUAGUGCCUGCUCCCAAACCAGAGCCGGUGUCCUUGGUGUUGAAGAACGCCUGCAUCGCCCCAGCUCCCUUUUCAGGCCAGCCACAAGCGGUGAUCAUGACAUCAGGGCCUCUGAAGAGAGAAGGGAUGUUGGCCUCCACGGUGUCCCAGUCCAACGUGGUCAUCGCACCUGCCGCCAUCGCCAGGGCUCCUGGGGUCCCGGAGUUCCACAGCAGCAUCCUGGUGACAGAUCUUGGCCACAGCACGAGCAACCCACCCACCCCCAUCUCCCGGCUCUUCCCAAGCACAGCACAAGACACCCUGGGGAAGGCCGAGCAGGUCCCACCUCAUGGGGGCAGCCCCCAGGUCACUGUCACAGGGCCCAGUCGGGACUGCCCAAACUCAGGGCAGGCCUCUCCGUGCGCAUCAGAGCAGAGCCCCAGCCCUCAGUCUCCCCAGAACAACUGCUCAGGGAAAUCUGACCCCAAAAACCUGGCUGCAUUAAAGCAGAACCGGCAGAUGAAACACAUCUCAGCUGAGCAGAAAAGGCGCUUCAACAUUAAGAUGGGCUUCGACACACUCAACAGCCUCAUCUCCAACAAUUCCAAGCUGACCAGCCAUGCCAUCACGCUGCAGAAGACCGUGGAGUACAUCACUAAGCUGCAGCAGGAGAGGGGCCAGAUGCAGGAGGAGGCCCGGCGGCUGCGGGAGGAGAUCGAGGAGCUCAAUGCCACUAUCAUCUCCUGCCAGCAGCUGCUCCCUGCCACGGGAGUCCCUGUCACCCGGCGCCAGUUCGAUCACAUGAGAGACAUGUUUGAUGAAUACGUGAAAAACCGGACCCUGCAGAAUUGGAAGUUCUGGAUUUUCAGCAUCAUCAUCAAGCCGCUGUUCGAGUCGUUCAAGGGCAUGGUGUCCACCAGCAGCCUGGAGGAGCUGCACCGCACGGCGCUGUCCUGGCUGGACCAGCACUGCUCCCUGCCCAUCCUCAGGCCGAUGGUGCUGAACACGCUGCGGCAGCUGAGCACCUCCACCUCCAUCCUCACAGACCCGGCACAGCUGCCAGAGCAGGCGUCUGAGGCUAUCACCAGGAUUGGCAAGAGACUGGGGGAGUCUUAGCUGCUUAGCUGGCAUGUGGCCAUGUGAGAUGCCAGGAGACCCUUCCCUGCCCAUGGAGAGGAGGCUGCGCCCCCCCACCCCCCAGCCCUUCCUGACGUUCAGCCUCGGUGCCUCCCACCAACUCUGCUGGCCCACCGCACUGUCGGGAGGCCUUGCUCAGGUCUGAAGCAGGUUCGGGGCCUGCUGACAGCAAUAGCCCACCUUUGGGACCCCCUUGCUGUGAACUCUCUUACUCAGUGACCUCAGUUACCAACCUCCACUGCCCUUGGGGCAGACAAAAGGGAAGUUGCUGGCCGUGCUGGUCUGCCCUCCUGGUGGCCUGCCAGGCCGAGUGCCGGUGAGUGGAACCCUUAGGUUGAGGGUGACAGGGCCUGCUCCUGUCCUGAGACCCAGCCUCGUCCCUUCUGCCAUGCCUGUCCACGCGCAUGCCUCUGAUGUCCUGCUCUACUCUCUGGCCUGCCCAUGGGGCAGUUAGAAGGUGUCUUUCUUUCUCCCCUCAACUCUGACAGCGCCCAGCCCUUGUGGAUGGACUUGGGCUUCUAUUCAGGCUUAUGCAUGGCAGGCUGCCGGGGGAAGUGCCUUCUUCAGAGACCCCCGAGGACACACAUUUGCAAAAACAAUGGAUGCGGGACACACAGGACCAGAAUGGAAGCAUACGAUGCACAGUGGCUGCUCUGGCUGGGAGGCCCUGCUGGGCAUGUUUCAUCUGUCCUCUUAGAGCUCCACAGGGCCUUCUUGGAUGUCACCUCACCACCGUGGCCCUUCUGCCCUUCUUCUCCACACACCUCCAGCUACAGCUGUGGACAGGUCAGGUGUGUCCAGUAGGAGCUUAGAACCCUGAAGUUCUAGCAUCCAAAAGAUCAGACUCCACCUCCUGCUGUCAGCCUUGUCAUCUUGUCUGAUAUCGUUCAGCGGGGAGCCCCAAACCAAGACAGUUGUCGGACCAAAGAUGCCCCACACUCGAAAGUCUGUCCUGUCUUGUGUUUGGAGAAGGAAACAAUGUUGGCGGGCAGCAGUCUGCGGUCAUCAGCCCUCAGCUGUCUCUAGGCAUCUCUCAGAUCAGACAGCAAAGAAUCUACGCAGAUCUGGGCUGGGUGGAGGCAUGGCUGGGCUAAGGGCCAUUCUGAGUCCAUAGCCACAGGCUGGCUCAGCCUCAAUCCUCGCCUUUCUCUGGUUACCUCUGCAAGGGCAGGCACUCUCUCUAGCACUCAGGAAGCCCAGCCAAGAGUAACUCCUCGAAGAACGUGCUUUAAAGCCCUGCUGAGGAGUUCUGAGCUGCCAGCAGGCUUUCCAGGCGACCUCUGCCCUCCCUGCCUGCAGGGCCUGGGGAAGGCUUUGAGGGAGCCUGGGAGCCAUGUGAAGAGGGGCACCCCUGGGCUGCCCCCAAAGUUUAGAUCCAGUUGGAGGCUCUCCCUGGCUCCUGCAGGCCUGCGGGGGUUCUCCCUCCACUGUAGGCCACCGGCCAGCUGCCUGCCCCCUUGUGUUUCAGCCCCACACAAGAGCAGCUUGGUGACACCACUAAGCCACCCAGAGUGCGUGUUUAAAGGCUUUCCAGAUCACACUCCCAUGGGGUGAACGUAAGAUGAGGCCAGGCUGGUCCUUGGAAUUUCCCCUGGGAAAUGCUAAUAGACUCCAUCCUUUACCUAGGGAUAAGCAGGACAGCAUCAUCCCAAAGGCAGAGACCACCAUGAUAGGAAUUCCACCAAGGCCAGAAGGGAAAAAGGAAGAACCCAACGUGGCCAGCUGUGCAGGCCCUGGGGAGGGUGGUGAGUGCAGCCCCUCUCCACUUCGUGCCUUUGUAAAACGUGUAGAUAAUGCGGUGGUUGGCUGAGCCAAGAACUCUUCCUAAAUCAGUGGCUUUCUCCCCACGCCUUGCUGGGGAUUCAUUUUUUAAAACUCCAUGGGAUAUAAAAUUGGCCUCCUGCUGCUUCGGCCUACCUCUCCCUCUGCUGACUUAAUGUGAUUCUGUUCCUUCAGAUAUUUAAGGCUGUUAGGUUGUGUGAGCCUUGAAGGGGGUGUGUGUGUGUGUGUGUGUCCAUCCAUCCAUCCGUCCAUCCUAGCGACUGUCUAGUAGAUGCUAGGAGACAUUUCUGUAACUCAUUCUUUUGGUGCUCACGAUUGCCAUGGCCAUAGGGCCACAGUGCCAUAUCUCUGCCGCAGACAUGAUUGUUGCUUAUUCUAGAGGUUUUCUUGUUUUGGAAUCUUGCCUGAUGAAUCCAGCCAGACCAAGGACCCUAGAUUUGACCUCUGUCCUGGGCUCCUGGGCCAGGCACAGGGACAUCUGAGGCCACUCUGCUGGCCGCCUCCAGUGGAUGCUGACCGCAGAGUGGGCUUUGUUUACACUCACUUCACCCUGACUCUUGUCCCCACUUCCGUAAAAGAAACUUCACAAUGCUGACGCUUUAGAGAGAAAGAAAAUCAACCUGGGCCCUGCAUGGUGGCUCCUGCCUGUGAUCCCAGCACUUUGUGAGACUGAGGCUGGAGGAUGACUUGAGCUCAGGAGUUGGAGACUUAGCCCUGGCAACACGAGACCCUGUCUCUACAAAAAAACAAAACAAAAAACAUUUAGCCGGAUGUGGCAGUGAGCACCUGUGGUCCCAGCUACUUGGGGGGCUGAGGCUGGAGGAUUGCUUGGGCCUAGAAGUUGCAGUGAGCUAUGAACAUGCCACACUGCAUUCUAGCGUGGGCGACAGAGUAAAACCCUGCCUUUAAAAAUACAGGCCAGGUGGGUGGCUCAUGCCUGUAAUUCCAGCACUUUGGGAGGCCGAGGCAGGUGGAUCACCUGAAGUCAGUUCACAACCAGCCUGACCAACAUGGUGAAACCCUGUCUCUAUUAAAAAUACAAAAAAACUAGUUGGGCUUGGUGGUGCACUCCUGUAAUCCAGGUACUCAGGAGACAAGAGAAUCGCCUGAACCUGGGAGGCAGAUGUUGCAGUGAGCCGAGAUUGUACCACUGCACUCAAGCCUGGGAAAUAGAGCGCGAACCCCUGUCUCAAAAAAAAGAAAAUACAAAGUCCAAAAAGAACAGCCAGAAGAACUGCCGGUGUACAAGUCCUCGUGCCAGUUUCUGGGAAAUCCCCGUGCGCCGCACCUACUGCUUUCUGUGGUGGUAGGAGACCCCAGGGCAGGGCAGGCGCCACCGAGGGCCUUUCUGGGAGUCAGCCAUCAGGCCAUGCAGCAGCUGACACCCCGAGCGGGCUGGCUUCCUUCAGCAGGAAGCAGUGGCAGCUCUGGCUGUUGGUGCUGAUGACAGCAUUGGGUCUGGUGGAGGGGAAGGGGCUGGAAAGCCGCAGACCCCCUGGUGCUGUGCAUGGUCCUGGAGCUGUCAGCCAGCCCUCCCAUUUCCCACCCGUAGGCCCUGACUACACUCCCUUUUCUAGAAGUCAGUCCUAAGGUUUGUCUGCUGGCUAGGAGGAUGUAAAUUUGGAUUCUUAGAGGGCACGGCACCCAAAAUCCCAGGGUGGUGCCAGACCCCUAGUCCCUGCCCAGAUAAAGUAGCACGGUGGCAUGCAGCACUACUGUCUGUUGCUGGAGGGGGGUCUCAAACACCCACACCAUCUCCGUGCACAACUGUGACUGGCCCCGCCAGCAGCUGGGGCGCAGGUAAUGCUCUCAGAGGUGGGAGCUACAGCCAGGAGCUGGUGAGGUCUUGGUAUCAUCUGGACAAGACUUUAUACUCUCAGAACUUGUGGAGUGGAGCUGGGCCUGCCCCGGGCCAGUGGACCCCUGUAUGUGGGGGGAUUGGGGUGCUGUGGGCCUGGCCCUGCGCUGGCAGACCUUGCUUUGGCCCAGCUUUUUUUUACCCUGGCUCUGACGGCAGGCUUGAAGCACCCCUGUUCACCCUCAGCUGUCCCUUUCCCUUGUCUGGCCCCUGCCUGGUCCAUCUGAGGCCUCCUAGCAGGCAGCCUGGGUAUGAGUUGAGCCUGUUUUCCCUUUGGUGGGAAAGUGGCCUUUUACCUCUAUACCUGCUCCCCAGCGUUUCCUUAGGGAGGAGGGAGAGGGCUGGGCAGCAGUGAUCCAGGCAGGCAGCAUGUGCAGUGGUGCCAGGGUGCCAAAGUAGUCUGGCAUGGGGAUGUGGCAUGUGUCUCCGGGCCCUUGACAUCUCUACUUUAGAGGAUUUUACCACGUCUGCACACCUGUCGGGGGAGAGGGGACAGCAAGGAAGGAGGCUGAAGAGUUUUGAGGCUCAGCACCAUGUUUGUGGCAUUCGGUGGGUGCCAUGGCCUUGGGCGGCUGGACAGGUUUUCGUGAUGUGAGGGACACACACGGGGCAGGUGGGAAGCUUGGCAGAGGCUCCAGGAAUACUGAGGAAGUGCUUUAGGACCACCCCCACCUCCAUGCCUCUACCAGGGCCAGCCCCCUCUGCCCCCACCACCACAUGGGACUCUGCUUGUCGGGGUUCACAAAAACCGUUAAGAAAAGGGAACUCUUAACAUUGAAUGUUGACUGUGUGUGUGUGCAUGUGUGUGUGCAUGGGAGGGCCCUUGCACAAGCUGGCGUUGCGUGUUUACUUCAUGGAAUUUUGUGUGAAAUCCUCUUCAAUCGUGUAGCAGAAUUCACCUCCUUGUCCCAGUCACACUGUUGGUUCUGUGCUCUGAACCUGGGUGUAGCUCAUUUGAACGCACCUCUUCUGCGUUUCCUAACAGGUAUUUGGUGGUCUCAAGAGUUGAGAUUGUGGAGGGUUGGGAGAAACUGAAGUUCUGUACAUUUCUAUAGAGUUUACAUCCUGCAGUUAAAAAGGCAGGAAGGGCUCAGCCAGGGCCCUGCAGCUCCAGGCCGUCCCCCACAGGCCUCCCAUAGUGCCCCUGCUUCUCUAGCUGAAUCUUUUCCCACAGCCCGGGAAAGGGGAGCGGGUUCACUUGCUGUUCUGUUCACAGCAGAAACACCAUGUUCUGGUCCUUUUUCACUUUCGGUUUCUUGUGUAAAUGGCGUUUUUUUCUUGUGUGAGCUUUGGUGAUCAUGGCCGGGUUCCUUUGAGGAGAUGAUGACACCUCGUGGACUGAAGAAGAAACCCAGAAAAGAGUCUGGUUUGGCCAGAGGCCCCCGGCCCACGCCACCUCGAGCACGCCCCUCUGACGCUCUGCUGUCGAGAAGCACGUUUCCACCAGCUGAAUUUAACACUACAAUGCAUUUUUAAAACUAUAUUUGCAUCCAAGACAAUAAAGAAACCUUAUUUUUUUGAAAA